UCCCGCCAUGUCCCAAGUACGCCUACUACACACAAGCAACAGGCUCAUCACCCAACUACGGAACCUGUCAGCCGCUGGUCUAUAUACGACAACGUCCUUGGCCAUGAACGAUUACGACAGCAUUACACGCAUGCAGAUACCGACGCGGCUGACGCACUUUGCUUCAACGGCCGCGAAGAAGCCGUCUACCCUAACCACCAUGGCGUGACCUUGUACCUAUUCGGGUAA